AUGGAAUCUGACUAUCCUGGGCAAUAUAUAUGCUGUGCACAAGGCGAUCUCAGUGAACAGUUUAAAGGUUUCUGUCCACCAAAUCAAAUUCCGUACGUGGCCCGUGAAGGUUUUCCAACAACGUGUCACAUGCAAUUGAAUCCCUGCCCAACAACAGCACCAUACGAUUCUUACUGCUGUGCACCAAUUGACACGACUGCACCCAGUCUGCCAGAUCCUUCGUUGGCUGCUGCUCCCAUGCGCAGAAUUGCUGGCGAAUAUCCGGACAUUCCAACUGCCCCACCAUCAAGCCCGUAUGCCGGUAUGUCCCAAACAUUCCCUGGUGGACCAAUCGCACCCGGCAUGGGCCCGGUGGCCAUUCCCGACCCGAUUCCAGGAGUGCGACCAGAGAAGGCAAGUUGUUGGUGUUGUUUAUUCACUCCCUUCAUGAAGAAAUCUCUGAUUUUUCAGAUUCUGCCCCCUUCACUUGCAUCGAAUAUCAACCAAAACGUUAACGGCAACAAUUUACCUCCUACUCUGAUCGCUACCAAUCUGGACCUCAGUGCAACUGGAAACAACUUCAAUUACAAUAAUAAUAACGGAUACGGCUAUCCUACUCAGAAUAUGAAUGGCUACGCCAUUAAUCAGAUCCCUAUUGGAGUACCAUUAAGUGGUGUUCCGCCAAAUAUGGCUUCAGAAGUCGUUGAUCGAGUCCUCAGCCAAAUGAGUCAAAUGUCCGGGCAGAAUUUCAAUGCAGGAGGCAAUCCGUAUAUGGUCAAUAAUGGCAAUCCCCAUCAACCAGGAGCCGGGCAAACUUUCAGCAGCCAUUGGCCUAAUCCGGAGCAGCAGACCUUCACUGGUUGCCCACUGGGAUCAAGAGCUCUGGUUAGAUCUGACCGCAGCAUUGUCACAUGUCAUGACCAGACGUGUCCGAACGGAUUCUGGUGCGUAUUUGCGGAAAGGGAAAAUCGCUUCCAAUGUUGCUCAUCGUCAACGAUUUUGAGUAAUUUGAAGAAACCAGAGUCGUCAUCACCGUCGUCAUACAUGGUAACUGCGGCAUCGUCGACUGACGUACCAACAAGUCCACCUCUGGUAGUGGAAUGUCCGCCUGGGUUCUUUCUUGUUGACGGUAAAUGCCUCAAAGUUUUGUUUGCUGGACAAAAAGGUUGUCUAUCGGAUGAACAGUGCUCGGCCAGAGAAGCGAAUGCCACGUGUGACAGCGGAUAUUGUGUAUGUCCGGCUGCAAAACCUUUGGUACAUGUUGGAAAGUGUGUCGCUGCAUGUCCGGAAGGUUUCGUCAACAUCGCAGGAAGAUGCUACGAUCCAACUACAGUAAUCUUCAUGGACUCUGUGGAUGAACGGACUAAUGGAACAAUUGGAGGAUACUGCCUGGAGACGCUUGUUGAAGAAAAACGAUGUCUUGUGGAGAACAGUUACUGUAGUGAGAAGACAGUAACAUGCCAGUGUAAGAUCGGCUACACAUUGAAUAUGGACUUUAACAAUAAGGAAGACAAGGGCUCCUGUCGGCAAGAUGAAUCCUCGAAAUUCAUAAAGUCGCCCAAACCAGAAAGGAUGCCAGUAAUUGAUGACGAACUUUACUUUGUUGACAUUGGAUCUAACGCAUCUGAUGCUGGCGAGACACCGUCUAAUUCAACGUUAGAAGACGACAUUGAUGAGAAGAAAUACCUUUUCCAAGCCGAUGAGCUCGAAACACUCCUCGCAUGA